AUGCAUGAUCUCGAGCUCGGUCGCGUCCCAACAACAGAACCCUUAAUCAACGAUGUCGUUGACAACUUCGCGUGGCGGGACAUCCACGUCCUUGUCAAGGAUAGGUCCACCAAAAGCCCACUUUAUAUCCUAUCUGAGACGGCUGGUUUAGUCCAUGCCGGGGAGAUGCUUGCAAUUAUGGGACCUAGUGGCUCAGGAAAGACGACACUACUCAACGCCCUUGCGCAUAGGAUUGCCGCUGCCGGUGCAGAAACGACGGGCCAAAUUCUCGUCAAUGGCCAAAAGUCCAAUUCGAACAUGAUUAGGAACCUCUCAGCCUAUGUAGAGCAGGAAGAUGCAUUGAUCGGCAGCGUGACCGUACGAGAGACGAUGGUUUUCUCAGCACGACUAGCUUUGCCUAGUGACGCGCCAGAUUAUUUCAGCCGUAUCGGGUACCAAAUACCUGCAGCAACUAACCCAGCCGAAUUCUUCCUCGAUCUAAUCAACAUUGACCUGGACAAGAACGGCGAAAUCAAGUCCAGGACCCAACACAUAAUUAACUCGUGGAAAGAAUCUCCUGAGUGUAAUGGUUUGGAGGGCGACAUUACGCGUAUUGCGAACACUCCAUCCAAAGUUGACUUGACCAAACUAAAGUUGCCUAAACCCAGCAUAUGGAUGGUGCCCUUGACUCUCCUCCAUAGGUCGUGGGUCAAAUCAUAUCGUGAUAUCGUGGCAUAUCACAUUCGAAUAAUAAUGUACCUUGGCCUAGCGGUCCUAAUGGGAACCGUCUUCCUUCGGUUGAAGUUGUCGCAGGAGUACAUCCAACCGUUCGUCAAUGCCAUUUUCUUCAGCGGGGCCUUUAUCUCUUUCAUGGCCGUUGCUUACGUGCCAGCAUACCUCGAAGAUCUUCACACAUUCCAGAGCGAGCGUGCGAACGGAUUAGUGGGGCCCCUGUCGUUUAUGGUGUCGAACUUCCUAAUCGGCCUACCCUUCCUUUUCACUAUCACUCUGAUCUUCUCAGUCGUCGUAUACUGGCUCUCUAACUUUCGUGCCGAUGGGCCAGCCUUUAUGAUGUGGGUGCUUUGGCUCUUCCUCGAUCUCUUAGCGGCCGAGUCCCUUGUUGUACUUGUAUCCAACAUUUUCCCCAUCUUCGUCGUCGCGCUAGCGGUAGCCGCCUUCGCCAACGGUCUCUGGAUGGCGGUUGACGGAUUCUUAGUGCCGAUGACCAUUCUCAACUCAUUUUGGAAGUAUGUCUUCCACUACAUCGACUAUCAGGCAUACGUCUUUCAGGGCAUGAUGGUCAACGAGUUCAAGGAUCGGAUUUAUACGUGCGCGCAGAUACCCGACGGUGGUUAUCAGUGCAUGUACCCUAGCAGCUUGAACUCGCAAGGCGAAAUUCGGGGAGUAGACGUUUUGAAAUCUUUCAAUAUUCGUACGGGCCUUGAAGGGCAGUGGGUGGGUAUCAUGAUUGGUAUAAUCGCUGGAUAUCGGAUUCUUGCAUACUUGUCUCUACGAUUCCUCAGGUAA